AUGGAAGCCAACAAGCGGUUGGGCGUUGAUAUGACUCCAACGUCCAUGAUGUUCGAGCAGGUGGACGGCAUGGUGAAAGCUGACAGGCACCCCAAGGUGAAGUUUCGGUUCAUGGAUCUGAACACUGUGUCACACACCACCCACAGAUUCGCUGUGAUUGCUGACAUCAAGGAUGAUAUGGUUGAAUAUGAUCAUUUUUCCGACAUUACUAGAAGUUUGUAUAAAGUGUAG